GAAUUAAUUUACAAUCGGGCAAUUCUUUCCUUAUCUUAUUACUUUUUAUAAUUUUUAUAUUGUUUUUAGUUUUUUAAUAAUUUUAUAUUUUUUAAUAUUUUGUGAUUUAUUUUCACAAUUUUUAUUCUUAUCAAUUGAUAAUUUUAUUAUUAAUUUUUCAUUUUUUAAACUAAACUUGUUUUAAUUUAGCAAAUUCUAAUCUAGCAACUUUUAACUUUGUAAAUUUUAAAAAUUUUGGAAAAUCUGGAAAGUUUGGACUUUUUAUGAAAAUGUUAGGGGAUUGUGAUGGUAUUUUUGAGGGAUGAGUCGGUGUUGGAGAAUGAGUUGAUUCGGCGUGUUUCAGGUAAACUUCGUCAAUUAGCUUCUCUAGAGUUUGCUGUUAUUUUCCACAAACACCGAAAUAGACUCGAUUCCACCCGCUUCUUCGGUGAUGAAAUCGAAUACAUCAUCGUCAACCUUGAUCAUCAGCAUAAAUUACCACAACUACUCCCAAUCUAUCCUCAUAUACAAUCACUCAUACAACAAUAUAACACUAAUUCCAGUACCACAAGGAACCACGCACCCGAUUCCACAGUACUGAAUACUCCAGGGAAUACUGAUACCAAUACCCUAGUUAACGACACAGUGGAUAACACACCGUAUAGCACAGAGGAUGGCGCAGAUGUGGACUGGGAGAAGUGUAUAUUUACACCGGAAUAUGCAUCGUAUAUGGUAGAAUCAAUACCAGAUAAACCUUAUGAAUUAGAGUCUAACUAUAUAAACACUAUCAGAGCUAGUAUUAAUGAGCGCAGAAGAAGAUUAUCUGUGAUAUUAAGAUUAUUAGGAUUCCCCAAUGCUAAAGUAACUACUUUAACUAAUUUCCUCAGGCUUGGUUGUGAGGACUGCGUUUACUUGGGUGAUGAGAAGUUUAGACAACCUUUAACCGGCGAGCUGGAGUAUAAACUUAGUGACUUUUUCCCCAACAUUUGUAUCACGCCCUUCUCAAGAUUCACUGAAAUCACACAUAACAUUAAACUUAAACACCCGACAAACAUACGAAUUCCCAAGUUCAACAAUACACGCGUGGUUAAUCACAAGAAUACCACUACGCGUGGUAUUAAUGUGAAAAUAGCUGACAGAUGGGAUUUGGAACUGUUUGGCUUAUUAUCAGAAAAACAGCGUAAAUUAGCUUAUGAAUUGUCAAAUAACAGUGCAAAUUUGUUCACACAGCACAGUCACCAGAGUGAGAAAAGUUCCGUAAAUUUUACUAAUCUUGAACUAAUUAAAAAGGUUAAUUUAUCCACCGAUACGGAAAAUCUUAAUGAUACGAUUAGUAAUAGCUCAACGUCCACCAGUGAUACCAACACCAGUACCCCAAAUACUCUUCACACCCUAACCACCGAUGAGAUGAGAGUUUAUAAUUACAUUACCGAACAAGUGUUUAUGUACGAUCCACAACUUCACACACAAACUUACAAUCCCAAUUUCAACACUUUUAACACUUUUAACACUUUUAACACUACCUUUAAUAGUACUGUUAAUAGUAUUGUAAAUUCUAGUGAUACCACCAGUGUGAAUACUCCCGUCAACAGCACCAAUCCCAUGAUUAAUAAUGUGGAUAAUGUGGAUGGUACUGAGGUUGGUGGUGUGGAGUCAGGUGUGUGUGCCGUGCGACCUAACACCGUAACGGAGAUACAUAUGGACACUGUGGGAUUUGGUAUGGGAAUGGCCUGUUUACAGGUAACAUUUGGCUGUCUGGAUAUCUCUGAGGCGCGUUACUUACAUGAUCAGUUAAUACCAUUGACACCUAUUUUCCUAUCACUUUCCUCGGCAACUGUUGCCUUUAGAGGUGAGUUAUCGAAUAUUGAUAACCGUUGGCCCGUGUUAGUCCAGGCAAUGGAUGAUCUUGAUGACCAAGAUCGAAGUUAUAUACUCAAGGGCAGAUACAACACCACGUCACUUUAUAUCCAAAACUGCCCACUUUUGAUGCAGAAUUAUGAAUAUUUGAAUGAUAUUCAAGUGGCGUCUGAUGCUACGGCGUAUGUUAACUUGGUGAAAUUGGGCGUUGAUCCCAUCUUGUCACGGUAUAUUUCACACAAUUUAGUCUACCAGCCGCUGGUAGUUUAUCAAGAAGAUUUAGAUCAAGUUGACUGUACCGCUACCGACAUGCACUACCAAGUCUUCCACGCCACUAAUUGGAACUCCAUACGAUUCAAUCAUCCCAAACUCACCCACACAGUACUCACAAGUGAUAGUCCAAAUAACCCAGUACACACAAGUAAUGCUCCAAAUAACCCAGUACACACUGGUAAUAGUUCAAAUAACCCAGUACACACUGAUACUAGUUCAAAUAUUGGUGUGAGUGUGGAUGAAGAGUUACCGUGGAGAAUAGAGUUUAGACCGAUGGAUAUACAAAUGACUGAUGAGGAAAAUGUGAUGUUUAUAAGUGUCUUAUCAUAUGUUGUAAGGGUGUUAUUACGGCUAAGACUAAGUUUAUACAUGCCAAUUUCACUGGUGGAUUCUAAUACUGAUUUGGCCUGCACUAUUGAAUCCUGCCACAAACAACUCUUUUACUUCCCAAAUCACAUACACAAUUCAGAGGUGGUGAAUUUGGAGGAGGUUGGCGUGGGAAGGUAUAGUUUGCAUGAGAUUUUAUUUGGCAAAAUUGGUUUAUUUCGAAUAGUGUUGGACUAUUUGGAGUUUGAGUACUCUAAAUCUGAGGUUUCGCCCGAAUUUUACUCACAAAUGAAGGUGUAUUUUAACCAUUUUGAGCUGCUAACUUUGGGUAAAACGCCCACAAACGCUACCAAACAGAGAAGAUUCAUACACGCCCACCCCUCAUACCAACACGAUGGAAUCAUUCACAAUGAUAUCCUCUAUGAUCUCAUCAACCACCUAACCUGUCAAUAAUAUUUUAAUUACCA